UGACAAACUGUUUUACAGUCUAUUCAACUCGGAAUUUCUAACGACCUACGAAUUAUCAUUUAUUAUUCUAGACUCGAGCCAUGGAUCAUGUCAAGAAAUUCUUAUGCGCGAUCAAGCCGACCAAGGGCCAGCAGGAGAUGGCCAAGGCCUUCAUACCCUCAGCUGGCUAUUUUGGCAUGGCUGGAGCCUUGGCUCUGAUCUACUUCACAGACUGGCGUCUGAUCACGAACUAUAUCCCGCUCUAUAACACAAAGUACCCAAAGCCUGAGACUAAAUAGCUGAAUACCCUGGAAGAAAAGCUCAACUAAAAUGUUUAAAUGUAUUCUGAGACUCUACCGAAACUGUGCCAUAUUAUCCACACGAUUUUUAUAUGUUUUUGCCACAGUUUGUUGAAGGUCUUUCAACUAGCAUAAAAUGAAAAACACAUUUCAUAUUCCAUUUCUGUUGGGGAAUACGCAAAAGUAAAUAGAUCGAUGCCAAUCAAAAUAUGCAACAGCUGAGGAAAAACAAAAACAAAAAUACCAAAAAAACCAAAAAUAGAUAAUAGACAACUUUUAGUAGAAUAUCUUAGAGGUCGUCGAUGUAAUAGGCUAAUAAAAGCAGAUGUAU